AUGUUGCCAAGGACCGACACGGGCGCCUCGGAGGACAUGACAGACUCCGGCUACCCGUCCACGGUGAGGGAGUGGAAGCGGGGCAGCUCCUUGAACGAUGCGCCGGUGGUCUUUCAAGGCCAGAAGACGGAGGCUUUGCAGCAAAGCACCCACAAGGAUGUCCUGAGCCACGGCGCAUUCUACUUCGACCGUAGCACCUUUCACGAAAGCCGCACCCGUGCGGUGACCUUCUACACCCAUGAGUAUUUGUGGCUUCAUGACGGGCAGUGGAAGAAAGUGGAGGUGCCUGAUGACAUGAACCUGUCCUUGCUGUCGAUCAACAUGGAUCGCUUCUUCGCCAAUGACCUGAAGGACUUGGAGGAGGGCCGCUGGCUGAAUCGUGGCAUCGACACGUCGUUGGGCAUGGAGAGCGUCUCCAUCUCCGCCGUGGAGCCGGAUGUCUCGGACGAGCUUUGGGUCACCGUCUUCGGGUACACCAGGCCAUCCACCUUGUUCCUGAUGACUGCAGAUGAGCUUUGCAACGGAAAGUUGCCAUCGAUGACACCGUUGAAGUCAUUGCCCGCGUUCUUCAACGCCGAUGAUAUUGAAGUGCAGCAAUUUUUUGCCACUUCUUUGGAUGGUACCAAGGUGCCAUACUUUCAGCUCAGCAAGAAGGGCAUGGCUUAUGACGGGUCAAACCCUGCACUGCUCUAUGGCUACGGUGGCUUCGAGAUUUCUCUCACCCCAGUCUACUCGGGCGCUCGCGGGAUCGCGUGGCUGGAGCACGGCGGCGUGUGGAUCGACGCCAACAUCCGCGGGGGCGGGGAAUAUGGACCCCGGUGGCACCAGGCAGCCAAGAAGGACGCCGCGCCCGAGGCCGCGGCACCAGACGCCGCGCCGGAGAGCCCGGUGGCAGCGCCGGCGGAAGCCGAACCGGAGGCCGAACCGGAGGAGCAGCCUGCGGCCCCCGCAGAGACCCCGGCGGCGCCCAUUGUGCCGGCUGCACCUGUCGCCCCUGUGCCUGCGGCUCCCGCACCUGUUGCCCCUGUCGCCCCAGCGGCACCAGUGGCUCCUGUUGCCCCAGCGGCACCAGUGGCUCCUGUCGCCCCAGCGGCACCAGUGGCUCCUGCUCCUGCAGCACCAGCACCUCAAGCACCAGUUGAAGAUGUUGAGGUUCCGCAGGCUCCCGAACAUUUGGAGGGCGACGAUUUGAUCGCGUUCUACCGCGAAGCACACUUGGAGAGUUUGGCCGAUGCCAACCUCAUUGGCCAGAAGGGCGCCUGGCUCUAUGGCGACUACAUCAAUGGGGUGCCGGGCGUCACCAACGCUGUAGCCUGCGCGACGGCCUGUGAGAACGACGAGAAAUGCUUCCAUUGGAAUUUCCAGGUCAUCAGCAAGCGGUGUGAUCUCAAGGUCGCAGAAGAUUUGCUGAAACGCCAAGUGACCAGCCGCUCGUUGCUGGCGGUCCAGGGCGGCUCCAAUGGCGGUCUGCUGGUCGGAAACAUGCUGACGCGGGAGAAGCGGGAAUUGUUGGGUGCAGUGGUUUGCCAAGUGCCUUUGCUGGACAUGAAGCGCUUCAGCAUUUUGCUGGCUGGCGCCAGCUGGAUGGGAGAGUAUGGUGAUCCAAGCACCAGCGAUUGGGACGACUUUCUGCAUAAGUACUCACCUUAUCAUCUUGUGAAGGAAGAUGCCACCUAUCCCGCAGCCUUGUUCGUGACCUCCACGAAAGACGAUCGCGUCCACCCAGGCCAUGCCCGGAAGAUGGUUGCCAAGCUCUUAGGGCAUGGCACGGCCAAGGACAUGUUUGUGAAGGGCUUGCUGUGGUGA